UGAUGAUAAGUAUGGAUCAAAAGACUUCUAAGAUUCCUGAACGUGUUUAAAAAUAACAUCACGUCUCGAGAACUAAAUAAAAACAACAUAUUUCAAAUAUACACAAUGGCAGAAACGCUGUAAGGGUGGACGGAGGGAAGACACAACACCAAUUGCCAACCUCUCCCUCGACUCCAAUCUACCACCAGGACAGAAUGGCAGCAAAUACCGAAGACUCAGAGGAUAUCCUGGCCAACGAGGAGGAACUCGAGAAGGCUUUGUCCGUGCUGGCUGGAAGCGACCCAGAAAACUGCUCUUAUUCUCGGGGCUAUGUGAAGAGACAGGCUGUGUUUGCCUGCAACACCUGCACUCCAAAUGCUGCAGAGCCUGCUGGGGUUUGUCUGGCCUGUGCCAAUAAAUGCCAUGAUGGACAUGAUAUCUUUGAGCUGUACACCAAAAGAAAUUUUCGCUGUGACUGUGGAAAUAGCAAGUUUGGGGAAUUCGAGUGCCAGCUUAUUCCUGCCAAAGAUGAGGACAACGUUAGAAAUCACUACAAUCACAACUUCAAUGGCUGCUACUGCACGUGUGACCGGCCGUACCCGGACACAGACGAUCAGGCCAACGAUGAGAUGAUUCAGUGUGUCAUCUGUGAGGAUUGGUUUCAUAGCAGGCACCUGGGCUGCACUACAGUGGACCCUGAGGAGCUGCAAGAGAUGAUAUGUGAGGCCUGCAUGAACAAAGCCCCUGACUUGUGGACGUAUGCUGCUCACUUUGCAGUUUCACCUGUGAUCAGCAUCAGUCAUCCUGAGGAGGAGGAGGAGGAGGAGGAGGAGGAGGAAGAAGUUGAUGUUGAGGAUAGAGCAGAAGAGGAAGAAGCCUCUGAGCCCAGUCAAAGUGAGGCAGAGGAACCGUCCACCAGUGCUGAACCCACAAAGCAGGAGAAAGUGGCAAACAGGAGUUCCCCUUGCAAACGGACCCACAAGGAAAUGACAGGCAGUCCUGCGAAGGCCAUGACCAAAACUGUUGACUGCAGGCUUAAGGAGCUGCAGGCCACGGGGCUGGAGAGGCGGAGACAGGGAGCCGUGUUCUGGCCUUACAGCUGGCGCUCCGAGCUCUGCACCUGCAUGAGCUGCAAGAGGGUCUAUGUGGCUGCGGAGGUGCAGUUUCUUAUGGAUCAGUCCGACACCAUUCUGGCCUAUGAGAACAGAGGCUUGGAUGAGCCGUUCGGGCAGCACCCGCUGAUGGCCCUGACAAACUCGAUGGACCGUGUACAGCAGCUGGAGGUCAUUUACGGUUUCAACGAGCUGACGACUUCGAUGACUGCGUUUUUAGACCAGUGUCUUGCUGAAGGAAAGACGGUCACAGUCGAGGCUGUACAUCAGUUCUUCGAGGAGCUGAGGGCUAGAAAGAGACGAAGGACCAAUGCAGGAUACCAGUAAC